AUGGCAGCUCACCGGCAGCUCCUCCCUGCUCAAGGCCUGCUGCUCUCUGUCUUGGCUCUGCACUUCUGCACCCAGGGCCCUCUUGCCAUAGCAGGGCGCAAAGUUGUCAACAUGUCCAUAACAGCCACCAACCACGCCUCAGUGGCUGCCACCAAAGCUUCCGUGGCUACCAAGCAGACCUUGGUGGCUGCUGCCAACACCUCAGUGGUUGUCACCAACCAGGCAUUGGUGGCCACCAAGCAGAGCUCAUUGGCUACCACCAGUGCCUCAGUGGCCACCUCCAACCAGGUAUUGGUGGCCACCAAGCAGAGCUCAGUGGCCACCUCCAACCAGGCAGUGGUGGCCACCAAGCAGAGCUCAGUGGCCACCUCCAACCAGGCAUUGGUGGCCACCAAGCAGAGAACAGUGGCUACCACCAGUGCCUCAAUGGCUGCCUCCAACCAGGGAUUGGUGGCCACCAAGCAGACCUUGAUGUCUGCCACCAGUUCCUCAAUGGCUGCCUCCAUCCACACCUCAGUGACCACCACCACCACCUCGGUGGCCAUCAGCCAGACUUCAGUGGCUGCCAACACCUCCGUGAACCUUACAGAACAAACCCUGCUCAGCUGUCAGAGCUUCCAGUGCUUCGGGGAGAGGUGCUACCAGGAUGAAGCCCACAGGAACACAACGGCCACCUGCCACAAUGAGACCUUGUGUGAGCUGUAUCGUUUCUCCAGCACGAACUACACUGCCAGGUGCAGCAGUGUGUGCAGGGCAGAGCCGUGCAGGACCAAUGGCAGCAUGGCCCUACAGCAGUGCACCGUGGAGUGCUGCAACACCUCACUCUGCCUGCAGCUCAAUGCGAGCUCCUAUGGUAACUGCUCCGUGGUUUAUCCCACUGCAUGCGAGAGAAAUGGGUGUGCAGACCCAUCAUGUUCGGCUGGCUGCAUCGCUGCAGUUCCUCUGCCCCACGGAGGCCACACGUGGGCUGUGUCUUCAGAGCUCCUCUGUGCCCACAGGUGA